CCAUGCAAUAACUUAAUUUCCUUUUUGGUCUAGGGAACUGAGAGGUGGACAAGUAAAUCCAGUCUUUUGCAAGUGCUGAUAUCGAUCCAAGGUCUGAUCCUAGUGAAUGAACCCUAUUAUAAUGAGGCUGGAUUUGACAGUGAUCGUGGUCUUCAGGAGGGCUAUGAGAACAGUCGCUGUUACAAUGAGAUGGCCCUUAUAAAACUGGUGCAAUCUAUGACUCAGCUCAUUCAGAAACCUGUGGAAAUUUUUGAACAAGAAAUAAAAGAGCACUUCUACACCAAUGGAUGGCGACUUCUGUACAGAAUGGAGUCUUGGCUGGAAAUCAAUGAAAUGAUCCAAAGAAGCAUUGAACUUGGCAAUAGUGCUGAAGAUGAGUCAAUUCCGAUCUCCUCUUCUGAUGCAGCAGACAGUCGAGUGGAUGGUUUCUGUCCAUCUGCAGCACAAAUUGUUGUUGAAUCUGUUCAAGCUGCUAAAGAGCCUGGUAUGGAAAAUUCUGAAGAUCAUGUGAGUAGUAAGCCACAGAAGUUAGCAGAAGGGGGUUCAGAUGAAAAUAUCUGUCUGGAGACUGAUUCUACUGAGCAGCAACCUGCUGAAACUUGCUCCCUAACCCUGGAGCAGAAGGGAUCAUCACAAGCUAUUGUCAGGCCAAAAAAAAGGCGAAAGAGUUACAGGAGCUUCCUCCCAGAGAAGCGUGGUUACCCUGACAUAGGUUUCCCACUUUUCCCUCUCUCUAAAGGGUUUGUAAAAAGCAUCUGUGGCUGCCUGCAGAAGUACAAAGCAACCUUAAUCAAGUCUGGAAUUCCAGAAAAAAGAGAGGAGAGAUGAGCACCAAAUCUAUGCCACAGGUUUACGAAAUUUUCUAGACUUUUGAUAAUUGUGUAAUAUUAAAGCAAAGAGUCAUGAGCAAAUCAAGGCUGCUCACUUUUUGUAAAUGGAUUGGAGUAAGAUGAAUGAACAUCAUGUCGGGAGAAAAGAAGGCCCAGCCUGAGCAUUUUAAAGCAUGAUACGUAUGGUGAACUGCAUCUCUGGCCUUAGAAUGGCUGCAAACUGAUGCCCAUAAAAGAUGUAAAAAUUACAUUGAUAAAUGUUUCACUCAAUAACAUUAAAUCUGAAUUUGUAGCUUGAGAUGUAUACAGUAUUUAAUCCAGAUUUAAAUGUGUACAGGUGUGGGCUCGAAUUAAGUUCAGAAUGCUUGGUUGCUUCUUAUUCAUGUAGAAAUUGUCCCUGAUUGUUUGUUUGUUUUUUUAAUUUAUUUUCAGUUGCCUUAUGCCAGUGUAAUAUACAACUUUACAAUUAAAUUUAAUUACAAUUAAGGAUGUCACUGGAUAAGGGUUUUCACACCUUGGCUUUAUUCAGUACUAUGUCUACAGAUACUGCCCGGUAAUAUGAAAAUAAAACAAAGUAUAUGCUGAGUUGGACGUGCAUCGAAAUCCGUUGACUGCAUUGACAAGCCCCACCUUAAAUAAAAGAAAGCUGCUGUAUUGCAUGAUGUAACUUUCAUUUAGGUCAAUGAAAGUAUGCCGUUUUUAUUUAUAAAAUCCUUCCAACGUUGCUGUCUUUCAGUGUCUAACACUGAUGUAUUUAUCCACCCAACUGCUAUACAUUGGUGUAUACAAACCUAUUUGUUGCAUUAUAAGGGGAUUUUGCUGGUCUAGUCUUUUGCAUGGGAUGUGAUGUUGUAAAGCAGGAUAUUCUCAGCAAUUUGCCCAUGAAUCUGUCGUGUUAAUGUACAUGUAGAAUUGAAUUGAUUUUUCUCAAUGGAGUUCAAUUGAAAUCUCCCAUUAACAGUCUUGCAGUGACUCCCCAUUGUGUAAAUGCAUU